AUGACGGGCCCCGCAUCUGCGAAUUCGAAUUCAUCGCAGCCAGAGGAAUGUUGCUUAGUUUGUCAGGAUAUUUCAACAGGAUACCAUUAUGGUGUUCCUUCGUGUAAUGGAUGUAAAACAUUCUUCCGUCGAACAAUCAUGAAGAAUCAGACGUUUCAGUGCCAGUUUCAGAAGAAAUGUCCAGUUGAUAAAAGUGUUAGAUGUGCAUGUCGUCAUUGUCGAUUCGAGAAAUGUCUUCAAGUAGGAAUGGAUCGAAAUGCGAUUCAACAAAACAGAGAUCCAAUUGGAUAUACAAAACGAACAAGAAGAUAUCCUCCGGUUAAGAAAAUUGAAGCUAGUGAGGAAUGCUCUCCGUCAAUGGUUUCCGAAACAGACAGAAAUGAGGAUACAGCUCUAUCUUUUCUCUCACUCACCGAAGCAAAGUGUUGUGCACUUCGACUGUCAGAAUAUCUUCCAUCAAGGACAUUACUUGAAGCUGUCAUUUCUCCAUGUCUUCUGAUGGACGAAGUUUUUAUGGCGGAGAAGGCUGUUUUGUCUCCUCGCCACACUAUAUCCAACACCCGUUUUGCAACCCAAACCGAUUAUCAUUACUGGCAUGAGAGGGAUUGGUUUGUGAUGAUCGAAUGGGCAAAGACAUUGCCUGUUUUUCAAUCUCUUCCAUUUCCAGAUAAGCUCGCUCUCCUCCGUCAUUCAGCAAUUACUUAUCCAUCUCUCGUUCAUGUUUUCAACUCUCCCGAUCAUGGUCCAGACACCAUUGUCUUUCCAGAUGGAGCCUAUUUCGAUAGAACUCCAGAGCCAACAAGACCAUUAGGAUUUAACAAGAAGAAGUAUCAAAUGCUGGAUCAACUUUUGAAACCAAUGAGAACAAUGGAAAUUGAUAUGACUGAGUUUGCUGCAUUCAAAGCAAUUUUCUUCCUCAAUCCAGAUGCAGAUGACGUUGAUGCAAAUGCCAAGAAAAUGUUGAGUGAUGGCAGAAGCGCCAUUACUAAUGCUCUUUAUCGCUAUAUGGUCAAGAAGAAGGGGCCAGAAGAUGCCGGCGAUCGAUUUGGUCGACUCCUUCUUCUGGGAACUGUACUUGCAACAAUGGCUGUGGAGAUGAAAGAAGCUGUUUUGGUUGCUGAUUUCUUUGAUCAAAUUCAAUUUUCUACUUUCGCAAAACAACUUUUAUUUGGAAUCAAAACAGAGUCAGAUAUUUGA